UUUCCAGCAGUUCUUUUGUUUUUCAAUCUGCCUUCUGCUGCUCACACAUGCCCAGGCUCCAGGCACACCCCACACCAAUAAUGACCCCGAAGAUCAGCUCUGUGAUGAGGAGGGAGAUAGAAGACUGUAUAUUUUGGUAAAGCCACAGCGCCCAGAUUGGCCAGGGAAAUGUUAGGGAAAGAACUUCUAAGCAGCAUGACCCUGAAGAACACAAGGACGAUUUCAACUCUUGGUCAACCCCUACAUCUCGGAACACUGUAUGACUGCCGCUCAGAUACCUUCAUCCCUGGCAUCACUUUAUGGGACAAGAAGACCCUUGAGAGAAAUGUGAUCACAAAAAAGCAGUGCAUGACUGACUUUGACAUCAUCACCUCUGACUCUAUUGAUGAGAAGACCAAGGCCAUGAAUAUCUCUGCAGAGCUGAAAGCAAGUGUCCUGGCAGGGCUGAUUGAAAUAGGGGGUUGUGCCAAAUAUUUAUGUGACACCAAGACAUCCCAACAGCAAGCUCGGGUCACUCUCAAGUAUAGUAUGACUACCCAGUAUUCCUACCUCACCAUGAACCACCUGGGAUAUCAGAAUAUUUCCUACCAUGAUGUGUUUGAUAAUGAGACAGCCACCCACGUGGUCAUAGCUGUGCUCUAUGGGGCCCAGGCUUUCUUUGUGUUUGAUCAGAAAGUUUCCACCAAUGAAAAUGUCAAGGAUAUAGAAGGAACAUUGAAGAGUAAAGUAAAGAAGAUUCCCCAGGUAUCAGGAAAGGUAGGCGGAAAGAUCAAAAUGGAGGACAGUGAGAAAAAGUCAACCAAGGAAUUGAGGUGUAAGUUUUAUGGGGAUUUUGUUCUUCAGACCAAUCCAGUGACUUACGAAGAUGCAGUAGAAGUCUACGCCUCCCUUCCUAAGCUGCUUAGGGGCCAUGGGGUGCCCGUCCAAGUCUGGUUGUACCCUCUGGAGAAGCCGAAUUCCAAGGCUGCCAGGCUGGUUCGAGAAAUCAGCAUUAGCUUGGUAUGGGAUGCCCAGGACACUCUGGAGAAGUUAUCUGAGUGUGACAAGAGGUGCAAUGACAUGCUGGAGGCACCAGGGCUCUCAGUCUUUUCUGCAAUCAGGGAGAAGAUUAGGCGAUUCCAAGGGCUAAAUAAGCAGCACAAACAGCUUUUACAGAAGGAAAUAGCCAAGGUCUUACCUGAGAUCCGGGAAGGUAGAGCAGGGGAUGAUGAGCUAACCAGGAUUUUAAUUAGGGAAAGUCAGUCCCCAUUCAGCACUAGUAGGCUCUCACAGUUCCUGGAUCAGAAGCUCCAGGAGAUGAAGGUGGUAAAUUCCUACCUCACCCUUCUGAAGGAGGUGCCAGUCAUGGCUGACCAGAAUGAGGUGGACGAUGUGGUAAUAGGCUCUCCCCGCAGAUAUGUCCUGGUGUUUGCACUCACCUCCUUGCAUGAGGAACCCUACUUAGCAGACUGGAAACAGUGGCUACAGAAUUCAGCAUCAUUCAGUCUUGACUGUGAGCAACAGACAUAUUCCUCAUGGGUUGAGGACAGAGACACAAGGAGAAAAGCAAGACAAUUGGCAGAAUCCUUUUCAAACUUUGCCAAGGCCAAUCAUUCCACUGAGAAGACUCACUUCAUUGUGGCAUCUGUCCCAGACCAGGAGAACAAGGGGGUCUCCAUUUACCUCUAUGAAAAGGGACUGCAGGUCAGCACCAACUUUGAGCUACCAGUCAAACCUCCCCCUCCCCAGAUUGGUGAGGUCACACAUGACUGUGUAGAGCUCACACUGGCCUCAGCAUCUGGGAAGGAGGAGAGGAUCACUGGCUAUCAGGUCAAGUACCAGGUUGUAGGGAAAGAGGACUGGAUCACCAUCCCUGUGUCUGGAAAGCAAGAAGUAUUCAAAGUGAGUGGCCUAGAGCCUAGCACAGAGUAUCUGUUCCGGUUUGCUAAGGUGUGUGAGCUAGGGCUCAGUGAGAGCAGUGAUGUGAGCCUUGCUGUGAGGACACUUCCCCUGACCUGCCCUCCUGGGAAGCCAGAAGCUGUUGUGGUGGGCCCACAGUCUGUGACCCUGCGCUGGCAGGGUCCAAGGGUUGUUGGAGCAGGAGUCAAGAUCAAGGACUACAGAAUAGACUACAGAGAAGAGAGUGAGACUGUGGGUGAGGAGGGGGAAGGAGAAUGGCAUGAACAGAGAACAGGAAAUGAGGAGCCAUACUGUGACAUCGACGGACUGACCCCUCAGACUGUGUACAGGUUCCGAGUUUCUGCCGUGUGUGAUGGUGGCCGGACCAGUGAGAACAGUGAUAAGAGUGACCCAGUGAGGACCCUCCCUACCACAGAGGAAGCUACAAUCUUUGGAGGGCCUGGACCUGGCAGUUACUCAGAAGAUGUCAGAAUUAUCCUUUUGGGGAAGACUGGGUCUGGAAAAAGUGCAACGGGAAACACUAUCCUCGGCAGGAAUGCAUUUAAAUCUGAAUUAUCCCCAGUUUCAGUAACCAAGAAAUGCGAAAAAGCAAGCAGCAUGAGGAAUAACAGAAUAGUUUCAGUGAUCGACACACCUGGCAUUUUUGAUAGAGACAACAAUAUCGAAGAAACUAUACAAGAACUUGCUAAGCAGCUGGUGAUCUCCUCCCCAGGGCCUCAUGCAUUUGUUACUGUAAUGUCUUUAGGCUGUUUCACUAAAGAAGACGAAGUAACCAUUCAACUCAUCUCAGAAGUUUUUGGAAAUGAUGCACUGAAAUACGCUAUCUUAUUAUUCACUAAAAAAGAGGGGCUAAAGGGGGAGAGCAUAGAUGAUUUUGUAGAGAAAUGUAAAGAUCAGGAUUUUGCGAAGCUGAUAGAAAGCUGUGGAGGACGGUACUGUGCUUUCAACAAUGAUGCAACGGGAGAAGAGAAGGAAGCCCAGGUCAUCGAAUUCAUAGAAAAGGUCACCCACAUGGUGAAGAACAAUAGGGACUCGUGCUUCGGCAAUCCAAUCUACACUCAGACUGAAGAACUCGACCAAAAAGAAAAAGAAAGGUCAAGUCCCAAGAAACAGAAAAGCAAAAAUGAGGACAAUUUCUUAAAAAGGCUAAUUUGGCGAAUUAUUACUUCUUUAAGGUGGUUUUGGGAAGAAAUUUGUGCUUUCAUCCGGAAGCAUCGAGAUGAAUUUCAAAAAUUUUUUAAGAUUCUUAGUUCUUCUUAGGAUGGUAGUUUUUUCCAGUGAUGAAAACAUUGAAUAAUAAAUAUUUUCCAAAACCACAAGGACCUUUCUCCCUCCUAUCUUAGUAGGAUGAAUCUCUCUACAAAGGCAGAUCACAAAAGUGAUUUGUGCAGGGUCACACAGCUAGUAAGUGUCGAGUGUUUCAUCUGAGGCCGCAUUUGAACUCAGGUACUCCUGACUUCAGGGCCAGUGCUCUAUCCACUGCACCACCUAGCUGCCCCCCUGAUUACAACCUUUUGAGUCUCUCAGUAAGCAGUCAUUCUGAGUUCUAUCCACUCUAUCCUGCCUUUCCCCCAAAAAACCCAAAAUUGCCUUGUGGUCAACUUCCUAAGGGUGAGUUUCUCUUAACUUAACAAAAGCUGGUCUUUGGAUAAGAAGUGCAAUAUGUGUGAUGGAACCUGUAUUCAAAGUCCAUCCAACCUGAUAGGAAUUGGCAGAAUUUGUACUCCCUUUACAAUGCUUUUGAGAACUUAGGUCAUCUCCAUGUUAGGAUGAGGUACUGAAUGCAGAAAUAUGUGUCUACAAAUCAGGCUCUGAGUGUGACCAGAGAUAGGGACACAGGGAACAGGCAAGGCAUUGAGAGCCCGAGAGAUCUUUCACCUGAAAAUUACCCAGGGUGGACAAACUUCAAGUUUGGCAGGAAGCCCCAGAGAAGGAAAAUUGGAAGCCCUAGGGAGCAGCAAUGGGCAGCAACCAUUAUCCAGCUCCAGUGCUCAGACAGGGACAACUCAUACCUGGGGGCUUGGAGGUCCCUAAUGCUCUAUACAGGUAUUGAAAUUCCAGAUAGGGCCUCAAAGAUCCAGUAUGUGGGGCUCAUCAUGGGAAAUGGAGGUCAACGCAAGAACUCAAGAGAACUAGGAUGAGACUAAUCUGCUUGACCCAAAGGUGCAAUGGGGGGGCAGCCUGAACCUAGCACAAAGUCCCAAUUCAGGAACUAAAGCUGGAGAUGAGUAAAUCAAAGAAGACACUGACCUGUAUAAAAAAUUAUUGUAGAUCUAGAGAUCCUCCAGAAGUAUGAGCAAGUAACCCUAUAACACUGCAAGCCGAGAAUCAAACGGCAAAAAAAAAAAAGAAUUUUCU